AUGGAUUUCAUCAAGACCAGUUCCCUGCGUGCUCUGAAAAGACUGGUCCAGCGGCUCUAUCGAGAAACCGCGGCCAAGCCGUGCAGAACGGCCGGCCGAGGAACGCACAUCCCACGGUCGGCCAAAGUCCGAACAUCGUCCGUCCCGCCUGAAGCACGGCUGAGCCCACGUACCGACCGGGAAGCAAUGCCUCGCGGCCGUGCGGCACAACUCAUAUACCGCGGCCGAUCGCGCCGUCCGACCAGGAAGGCCUCAUCCCACGUCCGGCCGAAACCUUCGGCCAAUCCAUCCAUCCGCCGACCACGACGGCCGAACGCGAAAACUCUCGGCCACGAUCGUUCCGACCUUAGAUAUGGAGAAGGAUUCACAAGUCCUUGCCCUAUAAAGGCGAUCCACUUCGCCACAUACCACCUCAAAGAGACCUCUUGGACGAACAAGAGAUGUCAAGCCCUCAAGCACCACCACCUUCUUGGGAUAGUCCUCCAAAAGUAUCCCCUUGAAGUCCAAGAAGAACUUCUUCCCUACCUUGAAGCAGCCGACCUGGAGACGUCUAGCCAAGCCGCAUCUUACAGAGAAGAACACCUUCUAGCCACACCAGAAGAGGAGAUUGACCCUGAACUGAUCGAGUUCGUGAAGAGAGAUCAAUUCCAUGAUCUAUUUUCGGAGUAUGCACUGGAGCACAUAGAUCACUUUGAGAAUCUUUGUGAUUCUUAUGGAGUUUUUGACUUUGAGAAGAAGAUGAUGCUAUUCAGCAUGUCUUUAGCUGGACCAGCACUAGAUUGGGCGCAGCAUGAACCGCUUUCUCAAUCGAGUCAUGGAUCGAUUUUAGAGAAGCUUUCUUGA